AUGGCAUUUGCGGCUUCCAAGGAGGUGGCUGACCGUGUCAAACUUUCGUCUGCAUUGAAGCAUGACCGCGAAUCCGAGUCAGACGUAUUCCAAGCUGCCGUCAAGAACCUGGAGGCUGCAGGUCUUAGAGAUGCUCUAUACACGCCAACGAGGCAGACUGCGGCCUUCUAUGAGCGCAUAGACUCGUACUGGUCUCUAACACCUCGUGCGCGGCCGUGGGCUAUUGUCCAGCCGCGAAACACAGAGGAGGUGUCCAAGGCAUUGACUGCCUUGGUCGCGACUGACGGGUGCCAAUUUGCUAUUCGCAGUGGAGGACAUACAUGUUAUCCCGGCUCCAACAACAUCAAAGAUGGAAUCACCCUUGACCUAGGCCUGAUGGAUGCCACUGAAUACAACCCAGAUACCAAAUUAGCUUCAAUACAGCCGGGCGGCAGGUGGACUAAUGUAUACAAUUACUUGGAGAAUCUUGGCGUAAUGGUGGCCGGAGGUCGAGAAGGCUUGGUCGGUGUUGGGGGCUUGUUGACAGGUGGAGGGAAGACGUACUACACUUGUCGCGUUGGCUUCGCUUGCGACCAAGUGGUGAACUAUGAGAUAGUGCUCGCCAACGGCACCAUCACGACCGCAAAUGAGUCGGUCAAUCCUGAUCUCUUUCGGGUUCUCAAAGGAGGGUCCAGCAACUUCGGGAUCGUCACUCGCUUUGACAUGAAAACGUUCCCGGCGCAUGACGUCUAUGAUGGCAUCGUAACCUUCCCGCCUUCCUCCACUCACGCGAUUAUCGACGCAUUUAUCGACUUUACCCAGCAACUCCAUGUGAAGCCGGAUGCACACAUUCUUGCCAUGUGGGUCUCCAUGUCUCAGAGGGAUAUUGCUCUGCUGAAUGGCAUCGCUCUUGAUCCUACGCAGCCGCCUGACCUGACUAUGGUGUCCAUGGUCAACAUGAUCAUGACUCAGCUUGAUGAUAAGGAGGAGUCUAAAUCUCUGGAGAAGUUUAUGAGUGUUCCUAACCCGAUUAGCAAUACUAUGAGGCACACUAGCCUGGCUAAGAAAGUGGCCGGGUUUCUCUUGCCUUCCAACCGAGAGGAUAUCUGGUUCAGCUUGACCUACAAGCUGGACAAACGGAUCAUCGAAAAAACAACAGAGAUUUACGACAAGCUGGUUGCGGACAUCAGCGAAUACUCCCCUGGUUGCGUGAUCCAAAUGGUCUUGCAGCCUCUGCCUACCUCGUUCGGCCAACAUUCAGCGGCGUGUGGCGGUAAUAUGUUUGGACUAGAGCGCAUCACGGACGACUCGGUCCUUCUCAUUGCCGCAGUCGAGGGGAGCACACCUGGCUUCUAUGAUAUGGCAUUCCCAAUUUUCAAGGCCGCGGUUGACGAGCUGGAGGGCUUCGCCAAGUCAGUCGGGGGCGACGUUGAGUUCCGCUACCUGAACUACUGUGACGGCUCCCAGAACCCUCUAGGAACCUACGGCGCAGCAAAUAUUCUCAGGAUGAAGGCAGCGGCUGCAAAGUAUGAUCCUACUGGUGUUUUCCAGACCAAGGUGCCUGGAGGAUUCAAGAUCAGCAAAGUGGAGACCCCAGAGUAA